AUGUUACUCAGUCUCUUUCUGCAAAUCUUCCUCUCCAUUUUUGGAAAACGACGGAAGUUCUCUACUGCACGCUGGCUUGGGCCUUCUCUUUGGCUAGCAUACUUGUCAGCAGAUUGGGUGGCAACUUUUUCAUUGGGUAUCCUUUCUCGCAGCGAAGCCGACUAUAAAAAUCCGAACUUGAUUCCAGUAUUUUGGGCUCCAAUCCUUCUUGUUCACCUUGGUGGCCCUGGAACUAUUACUGCUUAUUCAGUGGAUCGAGUCAACAUAUUAUUCCUAAGUCGCCUUCUUCAGCUAGUAACCCAAGUUGGUGUGGCUUGUUAUGUCUUGUUCCGGUUAUGGAGCCAGAAUGCCAUCACGUCGGUAGUAAUUCCCAUCUUGAUUUCAGGAAUUAUCAAGUAUGGUGAAAGGAUUUGGGUUUUAUUGAGAAGCCACGAAGACAAUAAUGGGUCGCAGCAACCUGGUACGAAAGUGUCUUCCAUCCACGGUGCUGAACUUUUCAACAACAAUCGUAUAAGUGAGGUCGGAUUUCUUCAAGAUGCUUAUCUUUUGUUCCAAGCGCUCCAGACACUGUUAAACAAUUUUGAUCUCGUCACUUUUGAUCAAAACUUCACCUAUGAGUUGGUUUCUGUAAAGAAAGCCGAGGAAGCCUUCCAGUUGAUAGAAGUUGAGCUGGGAUUCAAGUAUGAUCGGCUUUAUUAUAAGGUGACAAUGAUUUCCAGGCUUCGUAUCAUUCUCCGCUCUAUCACCUUCUUAUCCUCUAUUUUUGCUUUAGUUUCCUUCUCGUCAAAGAGCAAAGGCGUCUAUUCGAUAAACGAUAGGAUUAUUUCUUACGUGUUGCUGAUUGGAGUUGUCUGCCUAGAAAGUUACUCUAUUAUUGUGCAUCUCUUGUCCGACUGGGGUAUGAUUUGGCUUAGCAGAAGUGAAAUAGCAUAUUCUAUUGUCUCCCGAAUCACUUAUCGUUCUUGGUUAGUAUCAUUUUGCAUGAAGAGCAAAAGAUGGUCGAGAUUAAUUGGACAACACAACAUGAUAAGGGCUCAAUCAAACAAACCAGUGAGCAAAAUUCUUAAGAAGUACUUUCCAGGGAAAUGGAACGUUGAUAGCAGGGAGAAGGUGGACAAGGAAUUAAAGGAAUUGAUCUUCAACCAAGUCUUGGAUAAACGUUCAAGGUACGAUCCUUCUACCGAUGAUUUCAAUAUCCUCGAGAAACUAUUGGAAGAGAGAGGUUUAGAGGUGCUUCGACGCAAGCAUAUUUGCUUUGAUAGAUUUGGAUGGAGUGUAGCUGGUACUGUAGAAUUCAUUCAUAGCCUCCUCACUUGGCACAUCGCUACUCAUGUUUGUUUCUCUGAUGAUUCUCGGAAAAAUGCUUUUGACAAGACUCGAAAUUGCGUAAUGAGCAGCAGAUCAUUAUCUAAUUACAUGUUGUAUCUCCUGGUUAAUUGUCCAACUAUGUUAGCGACACAGCCAAGCGAAACAAGGCAUGCUGAUACUAGAAUUCAUUUGCGUCGUCUCCUUUCCAGGAAUACUCGUAAAGAUGUGAUCAAGCGCAACAUUCCCUUGGAUGGAUUAUCGUUUCACGAAGCUGAAGUGAAUGCAUUUUUCAAAAAUUUGCUUGAAAGGCCGUCUCCCAUGUUAAAGGAAAUUAAAGAACAAGACGAAGGAGAAAUGUCAGCCCUACUAGAUGGUUGCAUGCUUGGUGUGUCAUUGCAGUCAUUGGAGACACAGGAUGGUUGGUCAAAUGACAAUAAAUGGGAAAUGAUAAGUGAAGUGUGGGUGGACAUGUUGAUGUAUGCUGCAAGUCAUUGUAGAUGGAAGGAGCACGUCCACGCACUUAGCCAAGGUGGGGAGCUACUCACUCAUGUCUGUCUUCUCAUGGCACAUCUCGGUUUAAGUAAGCAAUGUCGACCUAAAGUAAGUGAACAACUAGCUGCUCGGGCUAAAAGGCUUGAUGGUAUUGUUGGGCCUGAGGUAUAG